CUAGUGAUGUGCAUGGGUUCGCAUCACUCUUUAAGGAUUCCAUCAUGGCCCGUUGAUAAGCAUCCCGUUCUCGAGCUGACACCGUUGAUGCCAUCUCCGUGCUCUCCCACCGCUGCGAUUCCCGUCUCCUCCAACUCCGCCGCGCGCUCCGCCGCUCGCUCCGCCGCUCGCCCGACUAUUCGACUCUCUUUCGGAGAAAACCAACACUCGAGGUGCUCCAGCUUAUUUAGGACGGACUUUACUCCUAGGUGUACAGGGUCAAUGGAGAGGGUAGCAUUAUCAUCAUCUUUUGGGAGAAAGCAAGCAAUGAACCGCAUCUGCAUCGUCUCCAGCUCCUCAACUGAGCUGCUCGAGAUGCAUUCUGAAGAUCCCUCAUUGCAUAUUCUUUUUAUCCCUGGGAAUCCAGGUAUCGCGUCAUAUUACAAAGACUUUGCUGAAGCAUUGUAUGAACUGCUUGAAGGGCAGGCAUCUAUAACAGCAAUUGGGCACAUUUCCCAUUCUAGAAAGGAUUGGGAGCAUGGAAGGAUGUUUUCAUUGCAAGAACAAAUCAAUCAUAAGGUGGAUUUUAUCAAACAAGAGCACCAGAAUAGUGAACUUCCAAUAAUACUGGUUGGACAUUCUAUUGGUUCAUAUAUAAGCCUGGAAAUCUUUAAGAGGCUUCCGCAGCAGGUGACGUGUGUUAUCGGACUUUAUCCAUUUUUAUCUUUGAACAGGAAUUCUAGAAAGCAGUCCAUGAUUGGGAUGCUUGCAGGGUCCUCCAUUCUAAGUGCUGCAAUAAGUUCUUUUACAGGAUUUUUGGGGUCAUUUCCAACCAGGGUUACAAGUGCUAUUGUGAGAAGAUCACUUGGGCAGUCAUGGUCUGCUACAGCAGUUGAUGUUACUUGCAGUCACCUUGUACAGUACCAUACAAUGCGCAAUGUCCUCUUCAUGGCUAUGACAGAGUUCAAAAAGGUUCAUUUGUACUUUAAAAUUAAACCAAGCUAGAUGUCUCUUUAACAGAAGAUGAUCUUUGUGUGCUUCUUAGGGGAGGCCUUUCUGUCCGCUUUCUCUUUUAUCAUCACAUAAAAUUUAUAAAUGAACUUCUUUAGUAUGAAUUUUCAUAACUCACAAUUGUCAUAUGAUAUGGCAUGUGCAAGGAAGAGCUGCUAGCUAACUGGCCCAAAGAGUAUGGUUGCAUGAAGGUGGGUGGAGGUCAUCCACUUCAAUGCAUUUUUUUGUGUGCAAGUAACACAUGCAGCUCUAUUACAAACUUGCCACUUCCAUGAGGUGACCCUAAAAAUCUAUGAGAUCAUUUUGAAUAAGUCAGAUAUAACAAUGUUUAUAUCUUUGUUGCAAAUUUGACCAUAGUUGUUUGGAGUUGAUUAGGAUUACGCUUGGUCAACAUUUAAUAUGCUUGAUUAUGUAUCAUGCAAAUACCUAGUACCGGAGCUCACCCGCUUUUGAACUCACUUCCAGCCCUUACAUAGUUCAAUGAAACCAAGGUUCAAAAACAUGGUUUUUGUCAGGUCUGUUGAGUUUCACUUUCGCUGAUAUUGGCAGUCUCAGCAAUUUCUGCCCAAUUUUUGAAGUCUCGGCCAAAGGAAAAAGAAAAAAAAGAAAAAAAGAGAAAUAUAAAACAAGGCAGGUAAACAUGUGUUAUAUAACUUUGGGGCAUUUGGUAUCAUUCAUAUAUUUUGAUUUUAUGGUCUUGGUGUCGGGCUGAAAGCCUGAAUCUAUGAAAAAUUAAAAUACUUUAGAAACAAUUGAAAAUGUCAAAGAACUAUAUUUACAUUCAAUUGUUUUAUAACAACCUAACCAUUAAAUGCCUGACAACGUAAAUAUUCAUAUAUAUUAAUAUUUUGAUUACCAUUAUAUCAAAUAGCAAUAUAUAUUUUAUAAACUAAAAAGUAUGUAAGUUCCUAUAAAAUUUAAGCUCAGAUCUUCCUUAGAGCUUAAAUCUUACAAAUCUACCAUCUUAUCGGUUAUGUCAACUCAUAGAACCCUUUUCUCUGUUUGCCCCUUAAAUAUCAUAAACACCAAAAGAAGUCUUUUGUACCCAGGAAAGACUGCUUUUCUCUUAUUUCCUGCAAACCAAACACUCCAUCAUCCUUUUCAUUUUACUCAAAAAGGUGAAAAACGAUUGAGAAAUUAACACUAUUUAGCAAAGUAUGCUUAAGGAAAUAAAGAAAUGAAAUAAAAUGACACUUAGUACCAAUAUAAUGAAUAAGUGCAGCAUACAUGUUCGAUUUCGGUUAGUUUCACCUGAAAUUGACUGAAACAGAGUUUGGGGUUAAUUUCAGUUUGGUUCCAGCCAAAAACCAAUCCAUUUUAACCAGAUCUUCAAACCUUAAGUAAGACCAAACAAAUCCUAGGAGAUAUUGUGGCUUACAAAUUUCUAAUUGAAUCAUAGAAA